AUGCGACGGUCCAGUAUCGAUCCUGCCAUGGUGGAAGAUGAUGAUUCAGGCUCAGAACAUGACAUGGGAGAUGACUUCUAUUAUCAGGUUGUUCCUCUUGUGGGACUUCUUCCGGAGCAGGAGUUGCACGACAUUGGGACCUUGGAGAUUCACCGUUCUCGGAUUCCCACACAACUUUUCAGGUCCAUCGUCGUUGACAUGGAUAUCAUGUUGAUGCAGUAUGGUGCCCCCUAUGAGCAUAAAACGGAAGAGAUCUUCAACCACUUGGUUAAGCAGUUCGGCUUUGUGCUAAGGAAUAAACCAGAGACUAUGGUCAAUGAUUGCAUUGGUACUCAUAUUGAGUACUUCUUCAAAAUUUAUGGUGCUGUCACGCUCCUCUACAUCGAGAUGAGGCUCAAGGUGGGAAAUGACAAUGAACGCUUGAAGAUUAUUGCCCAGGCUAUAGCUGAAUGUGACCGCUGUUACCUUGAGAACUCGACCGGGGGUUAUUUCCUGCCCAUUCACUGCAUUAUAACGGAUGGCUUGCAUUACGAAUUUUUCAAGUUUGACAAACACCUAAAACCAUCUUUUGUCCGUGGUUGCUUUUCUGGAGACCCGGAACACCUCCGGCGUGGCCUGAAAAUAGACGACUACUCGCGUAUGGAAACUACUCUUCCCUUCAUUCUGCAGCUUCGUUGUGCAUGCGAGGCAGUCUUUGAUGUAAUGCUGAGCGCAUAUAUUGAAGGCUUGAAGGCAAACUAUGUUCGAUCAGAAGAAAGGGGGAAGAAAGGUUUGACAAGACCUACUUUAGAUGGAGGGGAUAAGGCACUUCAGUCGGCUGGCCGUGCGUUUGCAGCGUUUAGGGAGGCUGAGGUUCAGCGCAAGGAUGGUGAUCUUGAUUCCGCGGAUGCGACUGCAGAUCAAGCUCUUCUUGCACUACAGGAGAGCACAGAAGCAGCCCCAAUUUCAUACAGAUCAAAAUUCAUCAUGAAGGACUGGGAUGAUGUUGAGGUUAGGAAGGCAUGA